GCGCCGCAGGAAGAGGCGGAGCGCGGCGGGGCCGUUGGCAGGGCCGGGCCGGGCCGGGAGCCGCGAUGGGCGAGCAGGGAGCGGCGCUGCAGGGCUACAACGCGGCGCUGCUGGAGGGGCUGGCGGAGCUGCGAGCCCGGCGGGAGGAGCUGAACGGGCGGAUCCGGGAGGAGGAGGCGGAGCGCGGCCGGCUGCAGGCCCGGCUCGGGGCGCUGAGCCAGCGGCUGGCCCGCACCAACGAGAGCCUGGCCGGGCACCUGGCCGCACGGAGCGACCUGGACAGGAGCAUCGCCGAAACGGAGGCGGCCUACGGCAAGAGGAAAAUGGUCCCUGGGCCCCCAAACCCUGACAAAAGGCCCCCUCACCAACACUGUCGUCCGAGGAGAGGGGAAAGGAAAAGGAGGAAAGCAGACACGGCCAGAAGACCAGGAAUCCAAGCAGGCAGCAUCUGCCAUAUCGUCAUUGAAAGAGCAGGAAUGUCAGAGCAGUAAGGGGGCAGGAGGCAGGCGAACAGCACAAGGGCUGACCAUCGCUGUCAUUUCUGUUGUGGGAUGGCUCAGUCCCUUCACCUUUCCUGGAUUUGUAACCUCUGUUGGGCAGGGACUGCUUCAUUCCGCUGACAGGACAACAGCUGAGUUCGCUUUUAAAAUAAAACUCCAAUCAGCUUUUGAAAAAAGUAAAAGAAUCUUUCCAGGUAGUUGCCUAAAUUUUCCUUUACCCCAUUUUUUUUGAAUGCAACAACUGCUAUAAGUGUUGAAUCCUCUUAUCUCCUCAGGCCAGUACCUUCUGGCCAGCCUUCCUGGCAGCAGCUGUUUUUCAGAUGAAGCUGGAGCUGAUUUCUCUGCCUGCUUCAAG